AUGGCCACCACCCUCGACCUCACCCCCAACGACCUCCGCCACCCUCCCCCCGACCCGCACAUCCCCGCCUCUCUCCUCCCCUCCCUAAAGGCCACCGAGCGCCUCGCCAUCGCCGCCGCCGAAGCCUCCGACCUGCCCACCGCCCACUCUCUCCUCCUCACACUCACAAGCAUGCACCCGACCUACGCAUCGGGGUUCAACAACCUCGCCCAAGUCUUAAGACUCAUCUCUGCGCCGCUCGAAGACGUCAUUGCCGCGCUGGACACGUCCAUUUCGCUCGCGGCGCCCAAGGAUGGUGGUAGCGUGAGUGCGGCGCAGGCGAACCUGCUGAAGAUGGCGUAUACGCAGCGGGGCGCGCUGUGGUAUGGCGAGUGGAAGAGGACGGGGGAGGAGGCGUGUGAGGAGCGGGCGAGGCGGGAUUUCGAGGAGGGGGGCAGGUGGGGGAGCGGGGUGGCGAGGGAGAUGGCCGUCAGGACGAAUCCGUAUGCGAGGUUGUGUGGUGCGAUUGUGAAGGAGGCGCUGACGAGGGAGUAUAUGGGACAGGGGGAGGUGUGUGGGAAGUAG